AAUAUUAAACUCUUGCAUUACAGUUAACCGAGUUAAGGACCGCGACGAGGAGAGAAAGAACACGAGCUGAGGAGCAUCUGCGGCGGGGAGGGGGAAAGCCGCGCUGCAGUCUCGCGGGACGCGGCGCCGUCUGCACUCUGCGUCAGUAUCUCGUGAGCUCCCAUCGUGUUCCCGUGUGCUUCCGCGCGAGCUAUACACACACCGCCAUAGGCCGCAGCUGCAGCAGCAACAGUCCGGUUCGCGUGCGCAUCUACGCAUUCGUAGGCACAAUUCGUAUUCAGUUCCACCGUCUCCGCAGAGCAGAGAAUCAAAAGAGCGCAUAGCCUAGUAGGUUAGUGCAGAGUACAGCGAGUGCUUACACGCGAGAGACACGCGCGCAGCCGCUCCCAGAGACCGAGGACUCCAGCAGCUGCCGGAGUAGAGAGCAGUGUGCCACUAGAAGAGUUACCGCGAGACUGUAGAAUGGCGGACGACGGUCACGAGAACGGAACGAGCAACGGCGACGUUCCCGAGGUGCCGGAGGUCCCCGAGAUCGAGCUCAUCAUCAAGGCCUCGACGAUCGACGGCCGCAGGAAAGGCGCCUGUCUCUUCUGCCAGGAGUACUUCAUGGACCUGUACUUGCUGGCCGAGCUUAAGACGAUCUCGCUGAAAGUGACGACCGUCGACAUGCACAAGCCGCCUCCGGACUUUCGCACCAACUUCCAGGCGACUCCGCCGCCGAUUCUCAUCGAUAACGGCGACGCCAUUCUCGAGGACGAUAAAAUCGAGCGGUACAUCAUGAAGAACAUACCCGGCGGUCACAAUCUCUUCGUCCAGGACAAGGAAGUCGCGACUCUCGUCGAGAACCUCUUCAGUAAGCUGAAGCUGCUGCUGCUCAACGCCAAGGACAAGGACAAGGACCCGAAGACGUCGUCGCUGAUGGCUCACCUGCGCAGGAUCGACGAGCACUUGGGCCGCAAGGGCACGCGCUUCCUCACCGGAGACACCAUGUGCUGCUUCGACUGCGAGCUCAUGCCACGGCUCCAGCACAUCCGCGUCGCCGGCAAGUACUUCGCCGACUUCGAGAUACCGGAGAGCAUGGUGCAUCUGUGGCGAUACAUGUACCACAUGUACAGGCUCGACGCCUUCCUUCAGAGCUGUCCUGCUGAUCAGGAUAUCAUCAAUCACUAUAAGCUCCAGCAGAGCAUGAAGAUGAAGAAGCACGAGGAGCUGGAGACGCCGACCUUCACCACGAGCAUCCCCAUCGAGGUCAACGGAGACUAGACUCGCCGAGGCAAGACCUUAGAACAUGCGUCCUCGUCCUCGCCGUUGCUACUGCUCCUCGUGAACUUGGACACGCUCCUCGCGUGCGGCGGCGGAUCUUCUCUCCUCACAACUAUAAACACACACACACACACACACACACGCGCACACACACACAGCUCGUGGUGGAAGAGACCGCUCGUCUCUGCAUCUUAUCUCGUAAUAACAUAAGCAUCGCUGCAUAUCACACACGUAGUGCAGACGCGCACGGACGGAGCGACGGACGAGAGACGGACGAAAGUGUUCUGGACGACACGAGAUGGAGAAAGAGAAAGAGAACGGGAGAGAUAUGUAUGUUAACGUUUCGAGCACAAGCGGACACGCGCACGCCUCUAGCGGUGCGCGACUUUUUCAACUUUUGAUAAUCGGGGCACAGCGCAAAAAACACGAGCCGACCCCAAGGCUUUAUUAAGGCAAAGUCCUCGACGACAGAAUCGCAUCCUUUCACGUACGUGCUGAUACGUGAAUAUGUCGGGGCGAUUGCAUAGCUUCAAUUAUCUUAAUUUUGUUUUUUUUUUAAUAUCGCGAGACACUUAUAUGCAUGUGCAUUGUAUAAGAUGAGACGCUUCGGCGUCGAGCGAGGUAAAUAAGUAUAUAAAGCUAAACGCUGGAUGGUCUAUAUUUUCUGCGCCGCCUUUUUUAUACGUAUGUACUGGUCGUACGUAGAUCUAUGAGGAUGAGAAUGAGAAUGAGUAAACAAGAGAGAAAGAAAAAUAUACAUUUUAUUCUUCUACAGCGCGAAACGCAUAUCCGUCCUUCCGAGCAACGAGUUUUGUAAAUUGUAAUAAAAGCAUUCAGGUGUAACAGAAAGUAAAACUACGAGCAGUUAACGAUAGACAGCGCACUUAAGCUGUACGCGUCGGAGGACUCGCGAAUGGAUCGGUAAAGUCUGCCGUGGCCAUCGCGUCGUUCGUUGAUAUACACUCGCUCGCUCUCACUCUCCAACGUCGACGUUGGAACGAUUCUUUUCAACCAAGUGCCAAAUUGUAUGCGCGCGCGCGCGCGCGCGAGAGAGAGAGAGAGAGAGAGGUAUCAAGAACGCGCGAUGCUGCCCUCCAAGUGCCCACUAGUCUUCCCCGAAACGUACAAAUUAUAUGCAACGCAACGACAACCGGUUUUAUUUUUGAGUGCGUGAGUGUCGAGCUACGUAUGCACGGCGUAAAUCAUUGGGUAAUCCAAUUGUUCGCGACAUUCAUAUGCGAGCCUUGGAGUUGAAUACGAAAGCUAAGAGUGCUACAAAAAUUGUGACGAGAGCGCUUUAGAACAAUUGUAUGUGCGACUAAAAAAAAUACUCUUUAUACGAAUAAAAAGGUUUGAAACGAAGCAAACUUUUUGCUAUUCAAUGGUGCGCAGUUGAAAAUUCGUUAAUAAUCUCUCGAAUUUUUAAUAGUCUAUAUAAUCAACGCGCAUUUUGUACUGCAUUUUGUACGCGGAUUAUUCUAAACGUUUUCAACUGUGCGAAUAAAUUACGCUGAACCUCUGUGCUUUUUCUCCGUGCAUAAUCUCUGUAACUUUGUCCAAUAAUUUACAUCGUAUUUAUCCCCCAUGUAUAUCUAUAAGAAUAGACCAAUGCAUUGUUGUACAUCCUUUAUGCGUUAUAAUGUCUUAUCGUUUUUGUGAUUACGGCGAGGGCCCCAGGCGGCGAACUUGAGAAAAGGCUAUCGUUAUCGCAAGAAUUGCGACUCGGUCUCUUGCGUAAUGCCUUUUUGCGACCUGCCUCCGCUGAAACGCGCGAUCACAUGGACGUAAGACGUAGAAAUAGAAGAUGCAGCCGUAGAAGGAGUGUUAUAUGUUGAUCGGCGAACGGUGUUUUCGCGUUGAUGCACUUGAAAUAUUUUUUUGGCAUUUUUAAAAGCUCAUGAAUAAAGAAAACAGCGGAUUGCUAUUUCUUGUAUUAUUAAUUAUAUUAUUAUUAUGAUUAUUGUAUUAUCGCAUAUUUGGUUUAUACUCGUAGAAAUCAAUAUACCAGUGUUUACAGUA